UUAUCAAUUUUCUGUCUCGUGAAUUUCCUAAAUAAUAAAUUUUCCACAUAAAAUUAGCACAAACAAAGAAAAGUACAAAGCAUUUGUUGAAUCCUUAGCUUGUAAACGAAACAUCCGUGUCUGCCGAGAAACAAAAAAUCCCUUAUUUAAUUUAGAAAUAGAUAAAAGAAUAAUACAAAUUUAAUAAUUCUGACAGAAGCAAAUAAAAAAUGCCACGUACCUUCGUAGCUGCAUUACAGAAGAAUUUUUAAACAUUUUAUGAAAAUUGCUAACAAUGCUGAUUUAGUUUGCAAAUUCAUCGAAUUGCUUUGAAGUGAAGAUUAACGAUUUUGGAUAUCCAAUUUGCCUCAUCGUAAAGUAACCAAAAUAUUGCGAUGAUAUUUCUACUGUUGUUUCUAAAUGUAUUUCUGAACACUGUUUUCAUUGCGGAUGCCUAUAAAGUUAUUUAUGCAAUAAAUGCUGGAGGAGACGAGCAUCAAGGAAGCGAUGGGAUAUUUUAUCAAAAGGACCCGUUAUCUGUAGGAACAGCGUCAGAUUACGGCAAAAAUCUUCUAAUGAUAGGUCGAGUCUCGGAAUUGGAUGAAAUUCUUUAUCAAACAGAACGAUAUCACAGCUCUACUUUCGGAUAUGACUUACCUGCGAACCAAGAUGGAGAAUAUGUGCUUGUACUGAAAUUCUGUGAAGUUUAUUUCAAUGCACCGAAUCAGAAAGUUUUCGAUGUCAUUUUGAAUGGCGAUCAUACAGUUGUUGCCGAUUUGGAUAUAUUCUCCCUCGUAGGUCGAGGAACAGCACACGAUGAAUAUAUUUACUUUAGUGUAUCUCGAGGAAAGUUGUACUACAAGGAGGAAGAGAGUGAAAUUCGCAAUGGCAAAAUACGCAUUGAAUUCAUCAAAGGUUACAGAGAUAAUCCGAAAAUUAAUGCAAUUGCUCUCAUCAAAGGCGACGUCGAAAAUAUUCCAAAAUUACCGCCAUUAAAUGUUGAUGCAAGUACAGAAGCAUAUGCUGAUAUUGCAUCUGACGAAGCAUCAGCAACGUCGUCGGAAAAAACUGCCUCACAAAACUCGAAAGAACAACCGUCCUCGCAACAAAACAAGGUGAGAAAAACUAGCGGCCCAAAGCAACCAAAUCCUUAUUCAUUGGAUGAGAGUUCAAUGAUGCUACCAAUUUUCGUGGCACUCGGUCUCUUCAUACCUCUUCUCUUUUGUCUCUGUAAACUUUGAAAUGUCCCCUUUUUUUUAUCAAACACAAAUUGCAUUUGUUUCCUAUAGUAUAACGGGUUGUUUUUCUGAGAAGUUAAAUUUAAUUUUUACGACGCAAACCUAACACAUGAUUAUUAAACUUAUAAAAUCUUAAAAACGUGUUAUGAUAAAUAGUCACUGUAGUUAGAGAAAUUCGCAAUAUCGUAUUUAAUAUAUGGGUGAUCUUUGUUAUUUUUAGAGUCUAUCGAUUUUAUUAUAUUUUAAAUACUUAUUGUUUAGAUGCGAAAGAUAUGUUUUUCUCCUUGAAACACUUCCCAUUUCUUCCCUCUGAUUUCGUGUCUUCCAGGCGAAAUAUAAUAUCUUUCAUUUUUUUAAAGCAAUUAUCGGUGAUAAACUUGGGUUGUCUCAUGCUUUGUUGUCCUGUUUCUUAUAUCUUUAUUUAUUACUUUCUUUUAGAAUUUAUUUGUUUUAAGUCAUAUUCUGACAGUGAUUCAAUCUGCAAUAAAUAUAGUUUUUAUUCUAGCAUGUAAAUAUUUAAUAUAUUUUUUUUUUGUCAUUUGAAUUCAAAAUUGUAUUUUUCAUUUCGUACUUAAUAAAUGCACAAUACCGAUAUCCUAUGAGCAACAAAAAUCUAACACAACAAAAAAUUAAAUACAGUAAAACAGUUCUGCUCAAAAAUUUCUCUAUUAAAUCGCUCAAAAAUUUGAAAAAUUUUCGUACUAUUUAAAACUUUCUAAUAGUCUAUAAAAUGACACACAAAAUUAUUGUAAGUGCAGAGUGAUAUUGAAUAUUGUAAUAUUAAUAAUUAUUUGAUGGUAUAAAUUUAUAAUUAAUUAAAGUUAAUGUAACAAAACAAA